AUGAGUGGACAAGUAGGUGACCUGAGCCCAUCACAGGAAAAGUCGCUGGCCCAGUUCCGGGAAUGCAUUCAGGAUGUGCUGUCUGCCCUGCCCAAUCCUGAUGACUCCUUCCUCCUGUGCUGGCUCUGAGCUCGGAGCUUUGACCUGCAGAAAUCAGAGGACAUGCUGCGGAAGCAUGUACAGUUCUGGAAGCAACAGGAUCUGGACAACAUCCUUGCAUGGCAGCCCCCAGAGAUGGUCAGUCUGUACAACAAUGGCAUCUGCGGCCAUGACAGAGAGGGCAGCCUCUGGUACCACAUAGUGGGAGGCCUGGACCCUAAGGACCUCUUCCUCUCAGCCUCCAGACAGGAGCUGCUCAGGGACAAGUUCCGGAGCUAUGAGCUGCUCCUGCGGGAGUGUGAGCUGCAGAGUCAGAAGCUGGGGAAGAAGGUGGAGAAAAUCACAGUUGUGUUUGAUUUUGAGGGUCUGGGCCUGAGGUACCUGUGGAAGCCAGGAGUGGAGUUUGCACAGGAGGCUUGUGCGUUUGGCUCAGCACUUGAGGCAAACUACCCUGAGAUUUUGAGGAGUUUCAUUGUUUUGAGAGCCCCCAGGCUAUUCACUGUGGCCCUCACCCUGGUCAAGUCAUACAUAAGUCAGGAGACACACAGGAAGGUGGUGAUCCUGGGAGACAACUGGAAGCAGGAGCUGCCCAAGUUCAUCAGCCCCGACCAGCUGCCCGUGGAGUUUGGAGGGACCAUGACGGACCCCAAUGGCAACCCCAAGUGCCUGACCAAGAUUAACUAUGGGGCGAGGUGCCCAAGAGGUACUACAUGCGCAACCAGGUUGAGGAUACAGUACGAGCACUCCGUGUCCAUGGGCCGCAGCUCCUCCCUGCAGGUGGAGAACAAGAUCCUGUUCCCAGGCUGUGUGCUCAGGUGGCAGUUUGCAUCAGAUGGCGGGGACAUCGGCUUUGGGGUUUUCCUGAAGACCAAGAUGGGGGAGCGCCAGAGGGCUGGGGACAUGACGGAGGUGCUGCCCAGCCAGCGCUACAGUGCCCACACGGUGCCUGAGGAUGGAACCCUUACCUGCGUCAAGGCCGGGGUUUAUGUCCUGAGGUUUGACAACACCUACAGCCUAGUUUAUUCUAAACACAUCAGCUACACCAUGGAGGUGCUGCUCCCAGACCAAACCUCAUUGGAGAAGACAGUGAAAUUCUAG